UCGAUCAAUAUCGAUCUGUCAAGUAAACGGCUAAGUAGGAACAUGAAUGCGGCCUACAAUUAAAUUCAUGUUUAAGAAUAUUAAUAUGCCUUCCCCAUAAUAUAAGCCUUAAGACUUAAGUCAUCAUUAUUCCUUUAUGGAGUAACAAUGGCGUUUCACUAUUCGGAUGGUAACGUUUCUUCCGAACAUCUUAUGAAUGAUCAUUAUCAACCAGAUUAUUCCCAACCAUAUGUCUUGCAAAGUCAAGAGGCAGAAUAUGAGUUGCGUAGCAAUGUGCUUGUUGACGGUGGAGAUAGAUUCGGUGUAUCAGCUGCUGUCUUUGAUAAGUAUGAGGAGUUGAUAUGGAUGGGAAACCAAGGUGGCCAUGUAACAUCAUAUUAUGGGCCAACUAUGCAAAAGUAUACUUCCUUCCAAGUUCAUGCGACUGAAGAAAUACGAGAUAUACUGACCGUUGACAAAGGCAUCUACUUGCUUACAAAAUCUAUUCUACGUCAUCAAAUACGCAGAGGAAUACCAAAAUUUACUCAUAAAUCUCCGAAUAUGGUUGACAUGCAGUGUCUUCUGCAAGUGAAUGAGUCUAAGGUACUUAUGGGGGGACAUCAAGAUAAACUCCUCGAUUUUGAUCUUGUUAAGAUGAUGGAGACUGUGAUUAAUGUUCCAGAAGAAGGUUGCGCUGUUAUACGAAGUGGGGGCGGGUCUCUUAUAGCCUGUGGGAGUGCUAAUGGCAUGGUCUCCCUUCGUGAUAUACGAUGUCCUGGUAUAGCUGAACAUAGCUUCAUGGCCCACACCGCCUGUCUAUCAGAUUUGGACAUGCAAGGAGAUUUACUUGUGACUUGUGGAUUCACUCAGUCUGGUGCGGUGGCUGUAGCGGACCCAUAUGUUGUAGUUUGGGAUGUGCGUCACAUGAAGGGGAACACAGUGUGGUCAAUCCCGACGAUGUCACCACCAUUGUUAUUACACUUUGUGCCGUCAGUGUCCGGCAGAGCUGUAGCUUUGGCCGGUGAUGGGAAUGUCACAUUGUUACAUGUCAAUGAAACGCAUGAAUCUGAAUACCAGUCAGUUUUCCAGGUUGACACUCAGAACUCCUUGUGCAGUGUGAUGGAUGUGUCUUCCACGAGUCAGGCUAUGGUGUUUGGAGAUCAGGCCGGUCGUUUGCAUCUUUUCUCUCCUCAACACAAUAACGAACCCGUCUUCAAUAACUUUUCCAGAGCCACCGAGUUCGCUGACCCUCCUCCCAACCUGCCGUACGCCAGUUUUGAAGACAACUCUUUCUCGUACUCGUCAGUUCCGCUGCCGCCGCUCGCCUCCGGCUCCAAAUGGUUCAAUGAACUGCCACCCGAAUUCUUCACGAACGUAUACAGAAAGCCUAAGCCUAUUGAUCAAGAAGUAUUACGAACAAUGAAGAUGCAGGGUCCGAUAGGUUACGCGCCUAAUCCAAGGACGCACAGACGUAAUCAGAUGCCAUACAUAGAAGAAGAUUUGCAAGACAUCGAAAAUCCAGGAGUAGAUCGUCGUAACCCGCAGCAACCAAUACCCAGAUAUUAUUUGAAGACGGAGUUACGUUUCGAUCGAAAUGGAGAAAAUUGCGAACAAGAAAAUAUUAACGAAACUGGUCUGCCGGGCAUACAGAGCACUGUGCCCAAUUCAUAUUGCAAUCCAAUGUUACAGGUUUUAUAUUACAUACCGCCGUUAAAAGCCACAUUAUUGGCUCACACUUGCGCCAAGGAGUUCUGUCUCAGCUGCGAAUUAGGUUUUCUAUUCCGUGCCCUGGACUCCUCCGGGGGCGCCGCGUGUCGCGCUACCAACUUCCUCCGAGCGUUCAGAACGGUGCCGGAGGCUGCGGCGCUCGGACUCAUCCUGCCUGAACGCACCACGCCCAGGAUAGAUGUCGCCACCCUCGUUCAGAGUUGGAACCGUUUCAUCUUACAUCAAAUGCACGCGGAGAUACUGGAAACGCGGAGGAAGGAAAAGGAACUGGCGUAUCUGACGCAGAGGAUAAGAUUAGUGAGACCCGGCAACAAGGCGGUGCAGAAGCUGUUGAACGGAGAAAUAGACGAGUUCGAGUUGGACAUGCAGUUCCUGGACCCCACGUUGGCUGAGAAGAAAGACUACGACGAGAACUGGCACAAUGACACCACAUUUCUGAACCGUCCGCCUCAAGCGGAGUGUGAGGAGCUGUUAGAAGCUCCACAGACGCCCGACAUAGAGGAACCCCCGCCUCCGAUAGAGGACUCGGAGAUAUCACAACUGUUUGCGAUCGCGAGGCAACAGAUUAACCGAUGCAUGAAAUGCAACAAGGAGGAAGAACGCGAUACAGUAGUAUUGGCAUGCGCUCUGCAGUAUAGCGCGGGGGUGGGGUUUUUAGAGCUAGUGAGCGCUUCGCUUGCCUCCCGGCGCGCCACGCCCGCCUGGUGUGAGACCUGCGCGCGGUUCACACCCACCACGCAGGUCGCUAGGAUACUCAGAUUGCCACCCAUACUCGCAAUUAACUGUGGCGGAAUGACAGCACAGGAAAAAGCAUUCUGGUCGAGAGGUGGACAAAAAUCAACGCCAGAAGUUAUUAAAAGAGGGGGCAGUGGGAAGCCUUGUAGGUACGGGCUACACUGUGCAAGACCUGGCUGUAGAUUUAAACACCCGGAGAGCAGACCUUCCGCGACCCCUCAGAGCAACGCUCAAGAUAAUGGCUGUAUACUCCCACAUCACCUGAACAUUAGACUGCAACCGGACGGUGAAGUUGUCAUAACAGAUAAGGCCAACGCCACCACUGACUUGAAGUCCGACUUCAAGCGCCGUUACCAGUGUGAGAACUACAGUCUUCAUGCCGCGGUGGUGUGCGUGGAGGACAAUCCGAGGAAUUUGGUUGCCUACGUUAAGAUACCGGAUGAGAAAGGAGAUCAGAGGUGGUACCUGUUCAAUGAUUUGAAUAUAGUCCAAGUAAGUCCUGAGGAGGUAGUAUCAUUUAGUUGCUGGUGGAAGUGGCCUUGUGUUUUGUUCUACAGCACACAGAGGGCUGUUGGGACCUCAUAGCAUCAGCGUAUGUAUGGGCCGUCCGGAAUUAACGGCUCAUACAUCAAUGCUAUCUUGGAAGUACUAACUGAAGGACGCUACAAUUUACGUUAAUGUUGUAUUGACAUCAAGUACGAAUAAUUCCAGUAGGUUAAUGAAAGAAUCUAGCGAAGUGGAGUCUAACGUUACCUAGGUACAUAAGCCGGAUGCACACUGCUGCAGAAUAUACACAAUUAAUAUCUUCUAUCAUUUGUCUGUUAGUGUCACGACCUGCAGUGUACGCCCGGCCUUAUGAAUAUACCCUAAAAACCCUCGGAUGUUUUAUAAUUGUGAUGGAACUAAGACUGAUGUAACGUUUAAAAGUUUGAAAGUGAAAUGCCGACAUAACAGUUUAUAUAUAUUAUAUUCGGAAUCAGUACGACCCCGAUACAAAUAUCUGGCAAAUGUCAUAUUUUUGUGGGGUCGAUUUUAACUGGUGUAAAUAUAGUAUCGAGUGUAAUAAUAUACGUAGUUGUUAAUCUUCGUAACGUUUUAAGUGAUGAAUGUCCGAUGUAUAUCAGAUUUUUUAAAGCUCCAUAUAAUUUACAUGUGACACGCGGCUUUGCACUAGUUUAACGCGCACUAGAUUUCCUCCACUUUGCUAGUUCACAGCUCGCGUGUGUCUGAAGCAUUUUAAUUUUCAGACAGGACUUUCAUAGAAAAAUAACGAUGAGAACACAUGCAACAAAAAAUUCAGCCUGUCUAAAUGUUUAAAUGCUUAGAUUAUUUCGUUCAGAGCAACAUCGAUUCCGCAUAUAUUUUUAUAAAAGAACAAACGUUUUUAUAAAGCAAUAAAUUUAUAAUGCAAUUUUUACGACCGGAAUAUAGACGAAGAGAUAUUUUUAAAAAUAUUUUUUAUAUAGCAUUGCGUGUCCAAAACCAUUUCGUCUGAGCUUUUUCGUGGUCCAUUGUGAGGACGAUCUUAUUUAUAUCUUUGAAAGCAGAACAUAAAUUAAUCCCUCUGUUUGGUGUUAAUCAAAAAGGGGUUUUAUUACACAGGAAAUAAGAUCGUUUCAACAUUGCGAUCUGAAUUACUUUAAGCGGAGGUUCCAUUAAUUACUAAGGCACAAAACGGAGACAUAUUUUUAAAUACGAAUUAGGAAAGCUAGAUUUGUACAGAUUAUAUAUUGGAUAGUGAUGUUGAAAUUCGGUGCCACGUACGAAAACGCUACUUAAGAAUUUAUUUGUGAGACCGAGGUCGCGUUUAAUUUAUUAAUACAUUUUGUAUUUUAAUUUAUGUCUUAUUGGUUAUGUAAUAAGUAAUAUUUUUGUUAAAUAUUCGCUUAAACAUUAUUCCGGCCUCGAUAUUUUUAUUUAUGAUAGUCUAACAUUGGAACUGUUCGGUUGUGAUACACGAUUUUGCGUUUUUGUACGUCUUAUUCACACUUACCGCUUGUGCGUUAGAAUUAUUUGUUUUUAUGUAUAAAUUUAAUUUUCUAUAUUUCAACAAGGUGGCUGGUUAAAUAAACUACAAUUACAAAAAAAAUAA